GGUGGACCCCGCGGGGCAAAGUCUGCGGGUCGGGGUCGGCGCGACGGGCCCGCAGCGGGAUGGGCGCGCUGGGCCGGGCGCUGCUGUGGCUGCAGCUGUGCGCGAUGACCCGCGCGGCCUACAAACUCUGGGUCCCCAACACCAACUUCGAAGUGACCACCAACUGGAGCCAGAACCGGACCCCGUGCGCAGGCGCUGCCGUCGUGUUCCCGGCAGACAAGAUGGUGUCAGUCCUGGUGCGAGAAGGUCACAGCAUCUCCGACAUGCUCCUGCCGCGGGACGGGGAGUUCGUCCUGGACUCAGGAGCCGGCUUCGGCGCGGCGGACGCUGGCAGGGACCCGGACUGCGGCGCAGCCGCCCCCGCGCUCUUCCUCGACCCCGACCGCUUCUCGUGGCACGACCCGCGCCUGUGGCGCUCCGGGGGCGCGGCGCGCGGCCUCUUCUCCGUGGACGCCGAGCGCGUGCCCUGCCGCCACGACGACGUCGUCUUCCCGCCCGACGCCUCCUUCCGGGUGGGCCUCGGCCCCGGCGUCGGGCCCGUGCGCGUCCGCAGCGUCUGGGCUCUGGGCCAGACGUUCACGCGCGACGAGGACCUGGCUGCGUUCCUGGCGUCCCCCGCCGGCCGCCUGCGCUUCCACGGGCCGGGCGCUCUGAGCGUGGGUGCCGAGGCCUGCGCCGACCCGUCGGGCUGCGUCUGUGGCAACGCCGAGGUACAGCCGUGGAUCUGCGCCGCCCUGCUCCGGCCCCUGGGCGGUCGCUGUCCCCCGGCCGCCUGCCGUGACGCCCUCCGGCCCGAGGGGCAGUGCUGCGACCUCUGCGGAGCCAUCGUGUCGCUGACCCACGGCCCCACCUUUGACAUUGAGCGGUACCGGACGCGGCUGCUGCGAGGCUUCCUGCCCCAGUACCAGGGGCUGCAAAUGGCCGUGUCCAAGGUGCCGCGCCAGAACGCAGGCGCCGAGGCAGACACGGAGAUUCAGGUGGUCCUGGCAGAGACCGGGCCAGACGGGACGGGCGGCGCGGGGCGGCUGGCACGUGCCCUCCUGGCGGACGUCGCCGAGCACGGCGAAGGCCUGGGGGUCCUGUCCGCGGCAGUCCGGGAGUCGGGCGCGCCGGUCGGGGACGGCUCCGCAGCGGGCCUGGAAGGUUCGGGAAUGCGCGCGGGGGUGGCAGGCGGCGUGGCGGCGGGGCUGCUCCUGCUGGCGCUGCUGGCGGGGGCGCUGUUGCUGCGUGGCGCUCGGAGCUUCAGGUGGAGUAGGCGCGACGAAGCGGCCCCAGCGCCCUUCGUGGCGCCCUUGGGCUUCUCCAACCCGGUGUUCGACGUGGCGGGCUCAGUGGAGCCGCCUUCCGCCCCACAGGUGGAAAACAGCAGCAUCAGCCGCAGCUACUUCGUUAACCCUCUUUUUGCCGAGGCGGAGGCCUGAGCCCCCGUGUGACUGGCCAGCCCCCCUUCUGCCUUCCGCCGCCCCAUUUCGAGAAAUGUACGGGUCCCUGACAUUAAAAGAUCUCCGUUCCCUUUUCCACAGUCCUUGUCCCCAGCCCCUGCAGACCAAGGACAGGGUGGCUUUGCCCAAUAAAGGGGUUUCUUGCACCUGC